CCACCAAGUAAUCACAAUUACAUAAUCCAUUGGACUAAUUUACAAGGCUACAAAAUUAUGUAAUUAGGGCAGGAACCCCGUGAUACUGUGCUUUAGUGGUGCAAAUUCCUACACAACAUUUGAAAUAUGUCAAAUUACCCAAACAACUGGCACUCAGAAACUGGGGUCCUUUGGGGGCCCUACAAGUCUGGGGCCCCAGCAGUUGCGGGUAAACCAGCCUUUCCUGUCUGUUUUUGGGUGGCUCUGACCUGAGGAGUUUACAUUAUCUGUUAAACUAGCGCAAGGGAAGCAUCACAUAAAGCUCUCCCUGGAGCCCUGUGCGGCCUUGCUGCGGGGGGUUAUUAUCAUUAAUUAACAUUUAAAGAAUGGACUCUAACGAGGUGGCUGAACUUGUCCUCCCGGUGUAAACGUUACAUCGCUCGACAAUGACUAAAGAAAGACCGGGUGAAGCAGAAAUGUGACAACACUUGUCAAGAGGCUUCAGAGCAUUGACAGCUCCAGGUUUGCCCGUGCAGGGGCACCAAGACGGACGAGGAAACCCCGAGGAUCAGGGCCUCCUGUCCGGAUGACACCAGUAGGAGCCAGGCACACUGUUCUCCUUAGCUAGCAUUGGCUAAGCUAACCAAUGUCUUCCCCGAAUUCGAAAUAACUGUAAAUGGAUAACUUAAUUCAAACAACUGUUUUUGAGGUGUGUGGGACUGGGAGUUGUUAAGGAUUUUGCUGUCACCGGAUGGACGAACAACAUCUUUUCUAGGAGCGUGAGUGACUGAAAACUGCGAAAGGUUCUCCAGGUAUGAUGGAAGGACUUCAUAGCCAGGCUAUAAGCCUGGACCCACGCAGGCAGGAACUGCUUGAGGCUCGCUUCACUGGAGUUGGUGUGGCCAAGAGUUCAGCCAACAGCGAAUCAUCCAACCAGUCUCUGUGCAGCGCGGGAUCACUGAGUGACAAGGAACUGGAGACACCAGAGAAGAAGGCCAGUGACCAGAGAAGCAGAAAGAGAAAAGGAGACAUCUAUGACAGCAAUAGCCAGGGAAAAGGACGAGGACACAAAAUAAGUGAUUACUUUGAGUUUGCCGGUAGCAGUGGCUCUGGCACCAGUCCUGCCCGGGGCAUCCCCAUGCUGGUGCGCUCCUCUCCACAGCACUCACUGUCUAAUCCUCUGUUUCAGCACGGCAGUCCUUCAUCCACAGGUUCAGCCCACACAGACUCCUCAUCUUGCAGCUCUGUCAAGAUGGCCCCCACACACUCCUGCUCACACAAAGCCAUCCAGUCAGAACUGACGCUGCUGAAACUGACAGCACUGGAGAAGGACAAAAACUCUGACCUGGAGCAGAAAGAGGGGAGGAUAGACGACCUGCUGAGGGCUAACUGUGACUUGAGGCGGCAGGUAGAUGAGCAGCAGAAGAUCCUGGAGCGCUACAAGGAGCGGCUUAACAAGUGUGUGACCAUGAGCAAGAAGCUGCUAAUUGAGAAGUCAAAGCAGGAGAAGAUGGCUUGCAGGGACAAGAGCAUGCAGGACCGCCUGCGUCUGGGUCACUUCACCACUGUACGCCACGGAGCCUCCUUCACUGAGCAGUGGACAGAUGGAUACGCCUUCCAGAACCUCAUCAAGCAGCAAGAGAGAGUCAACUCACAGCGGGAGGACAUAGAGCGGCAGAGGAAGCUGCUGGGGAAGAGGAAACCUCCCUCCAUGGCCCAGACACCUCCGCCCAGCCUGGAGCAGAACAAACGAAAGAGCAGGAGCAACGGCCAGGAGAAUGAAGCGUUGUCAUUGGCAGAAUAUCACGAGCAAGAGGAGAUUUUCAAACUUCGAAUUGGUCAUCUAAAAAAGGAAGAGGCAGAGAUCCAGUCAGAACUGGAGCAUUUGGAGCGAGUCAGAAACCUGCACAUUCGGGAGCUGAAGAGAAUCCACAAUGAGGACAAUUCGCAAUUUAAAGACCACCCCACGCUGAAUGACAGAUAUCUGCUGUUACAUUUACUUGGAAGAGGUGGCUUUAGUGAAGUUUUUAAGGCUUUUGAUUUGACAGAGCAAAGGUAUGUGGCCAUUAAAAUCCAUCAACUCAACAAGAACUGGAGGGAGGAGAAGAAGGAGAACUACCACAAACAUGCCUGUAGAGAGUACAGAAUCCACAAAGAACUCGACCACCCUAGAAUAGUCAAACUCUAUGACUAUUUCUCGCUCGACACAGACUCGUUCUGCACAGUGCUGGAGUACUGUGAAGGCAAUGAUCUGGACUUCUACUUGAAGCAGAAUAAGCUGAUGACCGAGAAGGAGGGCCGCUCUAUUGUCAUGCAGAUUGUCAACGCCCUCAAGUACCUCAACCAGAUUCGGCCACCCAUCAUCCACUACGACCUCAAGCCUGGAAACAUCCUGUUGGUUAACGGCACAGCUUGCGGGGAGAUAAAGAUCACUGACUUCGGCCUUUCCAAGAUCAUGGAUGAUGACAGCUACAGCUCUGCAGAUGGCAUGGAGCUGACCUCACAAGGAGCAGGGACAUACUGGUACCUCCCUCCUGAAUGCUUUGUGGUGGGCAAAGAGCCCCCCAAAAUAUCCAACAAGGUGGAUGUUUGGUCAGUAGGGGUCAUCUUCUACCAGAGCUUAUACGGACGCAAGCCUUUUGGUCAUAACCAGUCGCAGCAGGAUAUCCUUCAGGAGAACACCAUACUAAAAGCCACGGAAGUGCAGUUUCCCCCCAAACCUGUGGUCACCACAGAAGCAAAGGCUUUCAUUCGACGUUGCCUGGCUUAUCACAAGGAGGACCGUGUGGAUGUGCUGCAGUUGGCUAGUGACCCCUUCCUGAUGCCCCAUAUUCGAAAAGCCCUGGGCAGCAACACACCUCUGGCACCUCCUAUACCUUCCACCUCCAGCUGCUACAGCAGCAAUGCGUCCGACUGAAGCCAGCUGAGAGGAACUGGAAUAAACCCUUACCCCACCCCCACCCCACCCAGUGAGGACAAACCACGCCGGAGACAUUACACACUUGAUGAAACUCCUCCUUUGCUCUCUCUUCAUUGUGAGGGAGCAGAGAGCAUGAUGGGAUGGAGGGAUCCUAAAAGUGUGAAUGGAACCAAAAAUGACGGACGAUGUGGUGAUGUAGUAGUAAAUGUGCCCACCACCAUCGUCCAAGUGGUAAAAAUGAAUGGCCAGUCUCUGGCUGUGGGCUCUGUAGAACCCAAAGAUUUGCCCAUAUGCAUGCACUAACACAAAAAACUUUGGCUCAUUUUAAGGGGCUUUUUUACAUGAUUAAUAGUAAAAGCACCCAAAAAAUUGCACAACUGACAGGCUGAGAAGAUGUGUGGAAGAUCACCUGCCUGUACUCUGGAAGGUUUAGAAGAAGCAUUAAUGAAAUUUCAUCCCAUUCUGCUUGAAAUACAUCAUCUAAACUACAUCUAAACUGUUUUUCAGAACUUCAAAAGUCAGUUUCAAAUAUGUAACCCCAUAGGUUUGAACCUGGGACUUUUCAGGAAGGGCUCGUACACGUGAUGAGAAAUGACUAAUGACCAAAGUUUAAGGCCUGCCUUGUUGACAUGGCACCAGGUUCAUAAAUGACUUGAAACAGAAGAAGAAGGCUGAUUCUGGAAAGAGUAACGGAAGUCAGCUUAUUAUUUUAAUUGUUAAGUCCAUAUUUUUCCAUGAAAUUUACCCCCUCUAAUGUUUUUGUUAACUUUAAAGUGGGGCUGACUAUGAGUGAGUGGUGUGAUGAGAGGUAAGAUUCAACAGAAAUAAUUAUGAAACCAUUAAAAAACAUUUGGUUAA